GUCCCAUCGAAGUCUGCUUAGCCCAAGUCUGGGUAUUUCCAGCUUUGUGGCUUUCACUUCCACUUCUACCAGGUGAGAGGAGUGGCCUCUUGUGGACGAAUCAGAUUCCUUCUCAACCCCAACUUCAAGAGGUGAGCCAGCAGUUCAGCAUCUCAGAUACGAAGAGAGCAGCGGCAGCAGCAGUAGCAGCAGCAGUGGUAGCAAGAGGUGUGGGGAGAACCAGAGGCCAGAACGAUGGAAGACCAGCGAGACCUCAUCUCCAACCACGAGCAACUGCCCAUGCUGGGCCAGCGGCCCGGAGCCCCAGAGAGAAACUGCAGCCGAGGAGCCCUGUACACAGGCUUUUCUGUCCUGGUAGCUCUGCUCCUGGCUGGCCAGGCCACCACCGCCUACUUCCUGUAUCAGCAGCAGGGCCGGCUGGACAAGCUGACGGUCACUUCACAGAACUUGCAACUGGAGAACCUGCGCAUGAAGCUUCCCAAGUCUGCCAAACCUGUGAGCAAGAUGCGGGUGGCCACCCCCAUGCUGAUGCAGGCUCUGCCCAUGGACGGCGUGCUUCAGGGGCCCAUGCAGAAUGCCACUAAGUACGGCAACUCGACACUGGACCAUGUGAUGCACCUGCUCCUGAAGUCUGACCCCCUGAAGGUGUACCCACAACUGAAGGGGAGCUUCCCAGAGAACCUGAAACGCCUUAGGAACACCAUGGAGGGCCUGGACUGGAAGGCCUUUGAGAACUGGAUGCAUCAGUGGCUCUUGUUUGAAAUGAGCAAGAACUCACUGGAGGAGAAGCCCAAGCCCACUCAAGUUCCAACAAAAGUACUGACCAAGUGCCUGGAAGAGGUCAGCCGCAUCCCGGCCAUCCACCCAGGCAUGUUCAAGCCCAAGUGUGACGAGAAUGGCAACUAUAUGCCGCUCCAGUGCUAUGGGAGCAUCGGCUACUGCUGGUGUGUCUUCCCCAACGGCACCGAGGUUCCCCACACCAGAAGCCGCAAGCGCUCUAACUGCAGUGAGCCAGUGGACAUGGAGGACCUGUCGUCCGGGCUGGGUGUGACCAAGCAAGAUCUGAGCCAAGCCAUCAUGUGAGAAUAGCAAUUGAAGACACCGGCACCCAGCCAGCCCUGCAUGGCCAGCUUUCUUGCUCCCCUCUGUCCCUCAAUCCUAGCCCCAUACUCCUCCCCUUAUAGCCCCUCCCCGCACUCCCUCUCACCCUGCACCUCAGUCCAUGAGAUUGGCAUCUGGCUCUCCAUCAUCCUUGGACAUAACAAAAUUACAUCAGAACAAGACACUUAACGACGCAGGAGGGCCUUGCUGCCCAACCUCCCAUCCACCAGCAGGGACGCAAAGACCCAAGGAGGUGGACCAUGAGCUAGGCUACUUCCAUUUCCGACACCACAGCAACCUCCGACAUGGAACCCCAAGAUCUAGACCAAUGGACAAGGAGAGAAGGUGCAGGGAGAGCAGAGGAUGCUCCCCUAAGCCCGAGGGCCCAACACAUUUGUUGUCCCUUCCAUCCUGGCUUUAGCCUUGGCUUUCCGGCCAAUGGAACUGGGGGCCCAAGUCACCCUUUCCACUUCCCCAGCAUCACUUGCCAGGAAGAACCUGCCUCUUCACCCUCAACCCCUCCUCAUUGUGCCAACCCCCAGUUCCCUCUGCAGCAAGCUUGUCAUCAGCCCUCAUGGCCGUGGCUCCUGUGAAAAUAAAGGUAGUAAGUAGAACA